CGCUUUCCUCCACACACACACACACCAUUAUUUUCCCCUCCCUCCUCCUGACCGCCCACCCACCUACCAGCCACCGAGGCGGCCGAUCCCCCCUCCCCAGCCGCGCCGCGCCACCGCCACCGCCGCCGCCGGCAGCCGUUCGUCUCGAGAUUGACCUUUGGUGACUGUUAGAAACCACAGGCGGUGAAGAUGGCGCAGCCUGCUAAGCUUUCCCGUGAGGAGAAUGUGUACAUGGCUAAGCUUGCAGAGCAGGCUGAGAGGUACGAAGAGAUGGUCGAGUUCAUGGAGAAGGUGGCCAAGACAGUUGACUCCGAGGAGCUCACCGUCGAGGAGCGCAACCUUCUGUCAGUUGCUUACAAGAAUGUUAUUGGUGCCCGCCGUGCCUCGUGGCGCAUCAUUUCCUCCAUCGAGCAGAAGGAAGAGAGCCGUGGCAACGAGGACCGUGUCACACUCAUCAAGGACUACCGUGGAAAGAUUGAGGUUGAGCUCACUAAGAUCUGUGAUGGUAUCCUCAAGCUUCUUGAUUCCCACCUUGUCCCCUCAUCCACCGCUCCAGAGUCCAAGGUCUUCUACCUGAAGAUGAAGGGUGAUUACUAUAGGUACCUUGCAGAGUUCAAGAGUGGAACUGAGAGGAAGGAUGCUGCUGAGAACACCAUGGUGGCAUACAAAGCUGCUCAGGAGAUUGCACUGAAAGAGCUGCCCCCGACUCAUCCUAUUAGGCUUGGGCUGGCACUCAACUUCUCGGUGUUCUAUUAUGAGAUCCUCAACUCUCCAGACCGUGCUUGUGACCUCGCCAAGCAGGCUUUUGAUGAGGCUAUCUCAGAACUGGACUCUCUGAGCGAGGAGUCGUACAAGGACAGCACUUUGAUCAUGCAGCUUCUGCGUGAUAACCUGACGCUGUGGACUUCGGACAUCUCGGAGGACGCUGCUGAAGAAAUGAAGGAUGCUCCCAAGGGUGAAUCUGGAGAUGGACAGUAAACACUGUCUAUGUGCCCAGAAACUUGUCUUUCUCGCUUGUUCAGUGUAGAUUGUAAUGUCGUCGUGGUUGUUGGUAAUUGGAGGCUCCAAUUUGUGUUGUGAUAGGGAAGCUUGUAGCUGCCUUGCUUGCUCGGCGGCCUGAUUAUCGGGCUGCACUGGUUAUUGCCUCUUGUUGAACCUUUGUGUUACUUUUGGUGGUUUUAGAAAUUUUCUGCUGCUCUUGUUUGUGACCCCCUGCCUUUGUAUUCACUAGAUGACCAGUUGCGCCAAUGGCGCAAAGGCCGAGAGUAAGCCAUGUAUUGAAAGAAUGUACAUUAAUAUUAUUCGGGCACAUAUUGAAACAUAUGAAAAUAAGUAUUUAUUGCUGGUA